AUGAAUCUCACGGUGAAUCAUCAGAUCGCCGACUCGUUUGUUGGCCUCGACUUUGGACUCAACUCGAAGUCAAUACAUCAACUCAUUUCAGCGUCGAUAUUGAUUGUGGGCAUUUCUGUGAUUAUCGUGAGUUUUCGGGGUUUUUUUUAAAAUUGGGGCAUUUGAUACUUUUUGAGGUUUUUUGAAAAAAAUGGUACAUCUGGCAAAAUUUGGUACAUUAGGGAAAAAAAUCACUUUGAAGACAGGGCUGGGAAGAUUUUUCUUAAACUUCAAUUUUCGUCCUUUAAAAACACAUUUUUACACUUCAAAAUCAACUACAACAUGUUUUAACGUCAUUGAUUCGCUUAACGUGAGACAAAGAUCACUUUCCAAAAAAAGACAUUUUCGGUAAGUCGCGUGUGAGAAAUGGAUUUCCCCGUGGCGAUAGCUCUAGUCGAUGUCAAAACAUUUUUUGUCAUCGAAAUUUUAAAGAUAUAAAGCUAUAAUAAAACGGGCAUUUUUAUAACAAGGAAAGUACUUUUAUGGGGGCUUCUACUUUUUGACGGGACAUGUUUCAAAAAAUCAGAAAAAAUGUGCUGAUCAAGGAUAUAUAAAUCUUAGCUGCCCAUUUUAGGUUUUUAGGGGUGAAAAAGCCCAAAAACUGGCUUAAUUUCCCUACAAAAGGCGCAGGCAUUCGAAACGAUAUAACGCGCAGUCGGUCUCUUCCCUCGGAAGAGAGCGGUGUGGCCGGGUGGUUAGUGCCGUAGUCUGGGAAUCAAGAGGGGGGGACGCCGCACGGGUUCGAUUUCCCUUUUGGGCCGAAUCAACUUUUUUUGAAGUUGAAGGUCGGAAAAAUGAAUGUUUGUGCCAAUACUGAUUUAUUACGUCUUAGAAACUCAAUAAACAUCAUUUUAAGCCAAAAUAAAAAUUGUAAACCCGUGAAAAAUUAGGCGAAAAGGGGUUCAUAUAGGACUUUAAGUCAACUUCCGGCUGAGUUUUCACCCCUAAAAACCUAAAACGGGCAGCUAGGAUUUAUAUAUUCUUGAUCAGCACAUUUUUUCUGAUUUUUUGAGAUAUGUCCCGUCAAAAAGUAGGAGCCCCCAUAAAAGUACUUUCCUUGUAAAAUCUCAACCGACAUAACUUUAAAAAAAAAUGAUUUUUCGAAACAAAAAAAUUUUCAAAAAUCAUUAAUUUGCCCAUUUUUUAGACCAUAUCCUUUUUCAUCUUCCGUCUCUACAUGUUGUAUUGUCGGAAUUACCGCAACACCGUCGCCUAUCAUCUGCCCUCGCAUCAAGUGUCGAGUCGAAGUCGACGGGGCAAAGCGGACACUGACAGUCAGCGACCGCUCUACUCUUUCAAGAACGUCUUCAGCGACUCGGAAGAGAAUAUAAUGCAUGUUUAA